GAGCCCAACCCCUUUUGCUCCUCUCGCCGUUUUGGUCGGGGUUUUAGCGAGCGCGUGGGAGGCCGGAGGCGACGACGACGACCGCGCCGCCGUCGGAGAAGAAGGCCGCGGAAGCACCAGUACCAGCACCCGUAUAUGUCUUCUAGCCCCUUCUCCGAUCUGGUGGUAGUCGUGCUCCUCGUCUGCGCCGUCGUCGCCGCAGCCGUCCUCCUCCCCCUCGUCUGCGCCCGCCGAUCUAUGCACCAGAGGCUCCACGGCUGGAACAAGUCCACGUCGAUGCUCAGGGACGGGUUCGGGGUCAAGUAUUCCGGGUUCCUCCACAUAAGGCCGUGUGGUUUCUGUCGAGGAGAUUGACGGAUUCGAUCGAUUCGUGUUCGUCUCCGUCAAAUUUUUGCACAAGAGAAAAAAAAAGUUUCCCCCUUUUAGAGUUUUUCCCCUUCAGUUUUGUCAGUUUUGGUGAGGAAUUUUAGAGUUCUUUUCCGGCAAGAGUUAGAAGAAGAGAGAAAUGGCCCCUUCCAAGCAGCAGCAGAUGCUCCUCAAGAAGGUGAUGGCGAAGAAGCCCAAGACGAAGAGGCUAUCCGGGUUUGGCCUUAAACCCUCUGCUGCUUUCUCCAGGCCCCAUGUGCCGUCGGCGGCGGCCUCCCUGCAGCCAAGCCGUCGCGUCCGCGUCGUGUUCGAGGACCCUGACGCGACGGACUCCGACUCUGACGACGACGAGGACGCCGGCGCCGCCUCAAAGAAGCGCUACUUUGAGCUCUUCAUUGGCAAGCCAGCUUCGUCGACGAAGCAGGCCUCUCCGGCGUCCACCGUCGCUGCCUACGCCAACAUCGGCAAGGUUGGGAGCACCUGCUACCGUGGUGUGCGCCUCCGGAAGUGGGGCAAGUGGGCGGCGGAGAUCCGCAACCCCUUCACCGGCCAUAGGGAGUGGCUUGGCACCUUUGACACUGCUGAUGCGGCCUCCGCCGCCUACCAGUCUGCCUCCCGCAACUUCGCCGAAGAGAAGCGCCGCCGUGGUGUGGCCUCCUCUGCCUCACCUGCUAGUUCGGCGACCCCUACUCCGACUGCGUCCUCGUCGUCCUCGACUUCUGCCGCGCCAUUCGCCCACCCUUCGCCGUCGUCUGUGCUCGAAGCCACCAAGCCAGCUCCAAAGCCAGAGUCGCCGCCGCUGCCGGAGCAAGCUGCAACUCCCCUCCUGGUGGAGGCUACCAACGAGACCGCCGAGCUGCCGGAUGACCCAGAGUUCUACAAGGAUAUACUGCGCGGUCUACAGCUGCCGGACAUUGACCCGAUGGAUUUCCGAGCUGGGCUGGAUGCUCUGGAUAUCUCCGAUGUGCCGGCUUACAUGAAUGGCGAACAAGACGUACUCUUCACUGAGGACAUGCUGCUUGGAGACUUCGCUGAAGAAGAUGACCUCGACCUCGACGACAUCGGUGAUGACUUCUGCGAGGAUUUCCCAGAGAUACCCAGCGGCUACGACUUCGGCCGUGGUGAUAUGUUCCGGCAGGUGGAUUUCUGCGUGUGAAUUAAGAGCUUGCUAAAGUUAUUCAUGUUGGUGUGAUGGGCCUGUGAGUGUGGGUGCUUGGGAGGAGAUUUCUUGGGUUUUUUCCCCGAGCAAAAUCAAUCUGCUCGUGCCCUUGAGAUUUCAGUUCCGCCCAUAAGAACUCCAACGCACAUUUAGCAUUCGGAGAGUAAUUUUGUUAGGUUAAAAGUAUGGUAAGUUAUAGGUGGUAUGUUAUGUUUUUCUUUUUCUUUUCUCAAUGUUAUCUGGUACCUAAGUUUGUCAAGAAAAUCAUAGUGGACAAGUCAAGUAUUUGGGGCUGUCGUCUCUGUUAUGGAAAGAAAAAUAAGUUUUGAUUACAUUACA